UCGGUCGCUCGGUGAUGUACAGACUGGUCGGUCGGUAGGUUCGACGCUGGUCGUUAUUUCGCCGUUGGUCGGUCGGUUGGCGUCUUCCUCCUUUGUGUAUCGUUCCAAUUUUAACGGCUGCCGCCCUGAAGGACGGUCAGGAAUCCCCGCGUUGGGCGGUCGGUAGGUCUGUCGGUAAUUUCCUUGCUGGUCGUCCCCGCGGUGGUCGGUCGGUCGGUAAUUUCCCCUUGCUGGUCGUUCCCGCGUUGGUUGGUCGUUCACUUCGCCGUUGGUUGGUGGUUGGCUGGGACGUUGCUUCAUUCGACCGGUCGGUGGGUCUGUCGUCGCCGUGUUGGUCGGUCGGUCGGUCUGUCGGUCAGGAGUUCCCGCGUUUGGAUGGGCGGUCGGUAAUUUCCUUGCUGCUGGUCUUUCACGCGUUAGCUGGUCGUUCAUUUCGCCAUCGGUCGCUCGGUCGGUCGGUCAGUCAGGAGUUCCCGCGUUUGGUAUGGGCGGUCGGUAUAUUUCGUUGCUGCUGGUCAUUCCCGCGUUGGUCGGUCGUUCAUUUCUCCAUCGGUCGCUCGGUCGGUCGGUUGGUUCGUACGUUGGUUCAUUCCUUCGGUUGGUCCGCCGGCCGUGAAACGAAUAAGGGGGAUGACGGACCGUCUUCGUGCUACCAGCAGUAGUGGUAUUGGUUGCAAAGGCAAGGAGAGAGUAGCAGCUAUAGCGGGUCACAUCUGUCCGAUAGCAGGAGGACCAGGAGAUAGAGAAGGAGAUCGAGGAGGAGGAGGAGGAGGAGGAGAAGUCUCACGUUUUGACGAAGUUUCGUUGUUGGCGGCGAUGGCUAGCGAGGAGGUCCAUUGCGCGCCAAUUUCUGCUUGGGCGAAGUUGGCCCAAGCUCCAGAGGACCCCAUUCUCGGGGUGACGGUCGCUUACAACAGGGAUCCCAAUCCCGUCAAGCUGAACCUUGGAGUGGGUGCGUAUCGUACGGACGAAGGGAAGCCGUACGUCCUUCAUGUCGUACGUCGGGCCGAAGCCGCUCUCGUGGGCGACAGGAGCCGCAACAAAGAGUACCUGCCUAUCGUCGGCCUGGCGGCGUUCAACAAGCUGAGCAGGGCUUUGGCAUUCGGCGCCGAUCAUCCUGCCGUCCUGUCGAACCGCAUAGCCACGGUGCAAUGUCUGUCGGGGACGGGAUCUCUGCGUGUGGGGGCGGAGUUCAUGGCCCAACACUACCACACGCCCGUCAUCUACGUGCCUGUCCCGACCUGGGGCAAUCACAACAAGGUGUUCCCCAAGGCCGGCCUGAAGCUGCUCACUUAUCGCUACUACGAUCCGGCUACGCGAGGGCUCAACUUCGCCGGGAUGAUCGAUGACCUCCAGGCCGCCCCCGAUGGAGCUGUCAUCCUUCUGCACGCCUGUGCGCACAACCCCACCGGCGUCGAUCCUCUCCCGGAGCAGUGGGAUGCCAUUCGACAGGUCAUCAGGGCCAAACGCCAGCUGCCGUUCUUCGACAGCGCGUAUCAGGGAUUUGCGAGCGGCGAUCUGGACGUUGAUGCGUAUUCUCUGCGAAGUUUCGCUGCCGACGGCGGCGAGAUGGCCCUUGCCCAGAGCUUCGCUAAGAACAUGGGUCUUUACGGUGAGCGAGUCGGGGCAUUGAGUAUGGUGUGCGCGACGCCGGAGGCGGCUAGGCUUGUGGAGGGCCAGCUGAAGCUUGUCAUUCGACCCAUGUAUUCCAGUCCCCCUCUUCACGGCGCCGCUAUCGUUGCAACUGUGCUCGGUGAUGAGAAGCUGUUCCAGGAGUGGAAGGUCGAGCUCAAGGGCAUGGCUGACCGAAUCAUAGACAUGAGGGAGAAGCUCUACCAAGCUCUCGUUGCCAGAGGAACGCCGGGCAAUUGGACUCACAUCCUCAAGCAGAUCGGCAUGUUCACGUUCACAGGAUUGAACAAGACGCAAGUGGACUUCAUGAGAGAGAAGUAUCAUGUGUAUAUGACUGGAGACGGUCGGAUUAGCAUGGCGGGGCUGAGCACAUCGACGGUUCCAAGGCUUGCAAAUGCGAUUGAUGAUGCUGUAAGGAAUGUCGCCUGAAAGGAGGACCAGACGCAUUCGUUCGUUUGUGCUUUGGCACCGGAGGAGAGGAGCAGAUGAUGAUGAUGACGAUGAUGAUGAUGAUGAUGAUGAUGAUGAUAUCAUCAGCACGAGAGCCAUCAUCAGAGUGCUUGCGAUGAAGACUUUUCUGAUUGAUCCGUUGCCGUCGAGAGGACGGCGAUGGCGAUGGCGAUGAUGAUGAUGAUGAUGAUGAUGAUGAGGAGGAGGAGGAGGAGGAGGAGGAUGGGUGGUGGAGAAGUUGGGUCCGUUCUUCCUCUUCGAUCGGACCGUUCGUAUUUGUUUUUCCUUUGUUGUUAUUGGUUUUCUUUUGUUUUCUGUUCUGUAUUAAUUCUUUUGGGUAGGUCGCUGGUGACGGAGACAGAGAGACAGUAUUCUCUCAGUUGUUUAUGAUGGACGUGAGCAAAAUGAAUGCUAACGGGCUUCUCUGCGGAGAGAGAGAGAGAGGGUAGACAAAUUUGUUUGUUUUUGUAUUCUUUAUCAUUUUUGGAGCAAUUCACUGAUGAAGGACAUUGUGACAAUGUUCUCUCAGUUGUCUGUGAAGGAUAUGCCUGCGCGCGCGCGCGAGAGAGAGAGAGAGAGAGAGAGAGAGAUGUUACGGAAACAGUGGAGGGAGGGAGGGGGGUAUGCUUAUGCAUAGAGAAGGAUGUUUGGCGCUAAGGAAGAUGGUGGUGGGUAUGACACUGACGAUUCGACUCUAGUUUCCCAAAGCUCUUGAUUGGCUUUGUGGGAGCUGCUUUGGUACAUCACAAGCUUUGUGUAAGAUUUGCAACGGAAUUGUUGCGUAGAGGACUUGGACCUUCCUGCCGCUAAGGUGAUAAGGUGAUUACCCCGUCCUGUCGUCUUGUUGAACACAAAGCGCUCUGUUAUUGAGAAUGUAUACACGCUAUCUUUCCGGUUCCGUACAGCCAUAAAGGGGGUGCGUUGUGAUCGGGGAAGAUGGUGGCCAGGAUAUUGCUGUCACCGGUGACUGGAAUAUAUUCUGAAUGAUAGGCUUGGUUCAUUCUUUGUCCAGUUGUAAUUCCUCCUCCUCCUCCUCCUCCGCUUCCUCUUCCUCUUCCUCUUCCUCCCCGUCGUCCUUUCUUCUUUUUCUUAUUCUGUCCAUCCACGAUCAUUGUACGAACCUGACCGGGAAACCUGUGUGUAUUCAUCAACGUUGUAAUUCCUCCUCCUCCGCUUCGUCUUCCGCCUCCUCUUCCGCUUCCUCUUCCGCUUCGUCUUCCUCUUCCUCUUCCUCUUCCCUGUCGUCCUCUCUUUUUUUCUUAUUCUGUGCAUCCACGAUCAUUGUACGAACCUGACCGGGAAACCUGUGUGUAUUCAUCAACGUGUGAUAGAGGAAAAGUACGUGUGAUUAGUUUGCCGGCGGCCGUGUGAGAGUUGAAAAGGCGACCUGUAGCUUGCGCGAUUCAUUUUGAGCGUUAAGGCUUUUUCGCUGCACUAAACCAAAUGGGCAAACAUGAGAACGAAUCUUCCGCUAGAACGUGGGAAGAUGCAUUAUUGAAAGUUGACCUGCAUAGUUUUAGUUUCUCUUUUGUGUUUUUUGGGAGUAGAGUGGAGCGAGGUGGUCUUAAGGCCAGGAAUUCGAUCCACAGCUCACAAAAUGAGUGAAACGAGAAUGAAUCUUCCGCUAGAAC